AUGGUGAUGCUAUACCACUUCGUCAACGAUGGCAAUGGUUGCGAGGUCGUGUGGCGCAACAACGUGCGCAGUGGUCGACCCUCGACCAUGACUGUUCUGGGCUCGAGUCCCGUCGGGGCGAGUUCGAGAGGGCGGUUGAGUGAGAAGACAACUCGAGGCCAGCAAGGGGCAAUCCUCGUUGGGCAGAUGGACAUCUUGUUGGCUGGGCGACUUUGUCGAUGGAUGAUGGAGAAGCAUGCACAAAUUGAGGCGACAGCCUCGUCUCAACACUGUCGCAUCUCGGCCGUACACCACCUGACCGGCUUGACUGGCCGACCGGCUGGCAAUCGCCGUUCGCACGCUACCGAGUUGGCCAUAGCAAACAUAGCCCUAUCGAUUCCGGCAUACUCCGGCCGGCUUCGAGUAGGCCAGAGGUACGAACGCCUGGUCGGCUCGGUGCUUGGCCCGUCUUGUCUGCCCGGCCAGGGGGCAGAGGCACUCGGGCCCCGUCGCCUCGACCUCCUCUUCACCACGGCCCCUCGUGUCCUCACGGCCAGACGCACAUGUUUGUGCCCACAUGUGGAGCUAUGCCGAGACAGCACAACAACCGAGUCGACCUUCGCUCACUUUCGACAGACACUUUGGGUCGUCUGGGCCGAAAGGGUCUCCAGGGCGAAGCCCAUCAGAAGGGAACCAUGCCGAACUGGUUUGCGACUUCUAUUCACAUGA